ACAUCGUCAAGGGGGAGGAACUCGAUAAGGGCCAGAAGACUCUCGACUUCUUUUAUAUGGUGAUGUCCAGAGGCAGUGUGGUGAGAAGUGGGCGUCUCCCCGUGUCUGUUGUGAAGGAGUCAGAAAACCGAGGGAAUUUGCGUGUGCCACUUGAGCGUGUUGAUGAGCUUGCCCCAGUGGCCCAAGUGGUUGUGUACACAAUCAUGCCCAAUGGAGUGAUUGUGGCCGACAGCCUGGACUUCCCUGUCGAGCUCUGCCUCAAGAACAAGGUGUCUCUACAGUUCUCCUCGCUCCAGGCACUACCUGGAGGGUCUGUGUCCCUGAUGCUGAAGGCCCAGCCAGGCUCCCUCUGUUCCGUGAGGUCCAUCGACCAGUCGGUCCUGCUGCUGCAGCCUCGAGAGGAGCUCAGCGUCCAAUCGAUGUAUAGCCUACUACCGGUCUCCAAGUUGUCAGGCUACAAUUACAAUAUCGAAGACCCUGAAUCCAACCCAUGCACACCUGUGGGACCCUUGAUCCCUUUUCCCGUGCCAGUGGACAGGCGAUUAGGCCACUUCUGGAUUUUUAACGACAGGAUCGAUGUUUAUAGAGUAUUCAGAGAUAUAGGAAUGAAGAUGAUGACCAACUCUGAUGUGCAGAUGCCUUUUGACUGUACAUCCCACCCUUACCGUGAGCUGAAUGCUGUGCCUAUAGUGUUAAAUGCCCCCAUCAGUGGUUCAGCUGAUGUCAUCCCGGAAGAGACACUGCGAACUUUCUUCCCAGAGACCUGGAUCUGGGACCUGGUGCCUGUUGGAGACUCUGGCGCAAUGACAGUUGAGAAGACCGUCCCUGACACCAUUACCACAUGGGCUUCUGGAGCUUUCUGCACGUCCCCUGGGGGUCUGGGUCUGGCUCCCAGUACGACCCUCACAGCCUUUCAGCCUUUCUUCGUCAGUCUCACCCUACCGUUCUCAGUUAUCCGCGGCGAGGUGUUCACCCUCCGGGCCACCGUCUUCAACUACCUUUCCACGUGCAUCAUGGUCAAGGUGACAGUGUCACCUUCGGACCCGUUCAGCAUCACACCCUGUGUUGACUGCCAGUACCAGCUGUGUCUGUGUGCCAAUGAGAGCAGAACUUUCCUGUGGCUCGUCACCCCCACCGCUCUAGGGGAGGUGAGUGUGAAGGUGAGUGCAGAGGCCAUAAAGACCAUCGUUCGCUGUGGUAAUGGCCUGCCCACGGUUCCCAAGAUGAGCCGCAUUGACACGGUGGUCCAGACAUUCUUGGUGGAGGCUGAGGGGAUCCCUAAGACUGACAGCUACAACGCCCUCCUCUGCCCUGCAGCGGGUCCAGUAGAGACGACUAUCUCUCUGCAGCUGCCGGCUGAGUUUGUGAUUGGAUCAGCCAAGGCCUCGCUCUCUAUCCUGGGUGAUCUGAUGGGCAGAGCCUUGAGGAAUGUGGGCAACCUGCUGGCCAUGCCCACCGGUUGUGGAGAGCAGAACAUGCUUCAGUUUGCCCCCAACGUCUACAUCCUGGAGUACCUGCAGAGCACCUAUCAACUAACAACUGAGAUCAAGGAAAAGGCUGUAGUCUUCCUGCAGGGUGGUUAUCAGAAUGAGCUCAACUACAAACAUACUGAUGGCUCGUACAGUGCCUUUGGCCAGAGGGAUGAAUCUGGCAACACCUGGUUGACCACCUUUGUAAUGAAGUCUUUCGGAGGGGCGCAGCCUUUCGUGUUUAUCGACCCCAUCCACAUCACCAUGGCGAAGUCCUGGUUGGCCAGUCUGCAGCAGCCUAAUGGCUGCAUCACCUCUGUGGGGAAGCUCUUCCACAAUGACAUGCAGGGAGGCGUGAGUGACAACGUGUCCUUGACUGCCUACGUCACUGCAGCCCUGCUGGAGCUGGGAUAUAACACCACUGACCCCAUGGUUGCGAACUGUCUGGGCUGCUUACGCACUGCGAUAGCCAACCAAGUGGAUAACCUCUACACUGUAGCCCUGCUCUCCUACACCUUCACCCUGGCAGGAGACCAGGACACACGGCGCAUGCUGAUCACCCGCCUGGACCAGGCUGCCCAGGUCACAGAUGGUGCUCGUCACUGGGAGGGAGCGGCCACUCCUGGGACUGGCCUGAACUCCAUCGCCGUGGAGAUGACCUCGUACGUGCUCCUCGCGCUUCUCUCCGGACCGGUGAUGGAAGGUUUCGGUUUGGAUUACGCAUCCACCAUCGUAUUGUGGCUGGUCAAGCAACAGGACAUCAAUGGAGGCUUCUCUUCUACACAAGACUCAGUGGUGGCACUGCAGGCCCUGGCAAAAUACGCUGCUGCCACCUACAGUCCAGGAGGUGCUACUACAGUGGUGGUGACCUCUGGUGACUGGAGGCAGAACUUCAGGGUGGACCAGCAGAACCGCCUGCUGUACCAGGAGCAGCCACUAAAGCAGGUUCCUGGAGUGUACCGGAUCAGGGCUGAAGGGGAGAGCUGUGUGUUUGUCCAGAUCGCUCUGCUUUACAACGUCCCACCUCGUCCAGAUGUCUCUGCCUUUACUUUGACAGUUGAGGUGGUCGAUAGGUGCCAACCCAAACCCUCCCUCAUCUUGGUGGUUAAAGUCAGGUACAGUGGUCACCGGGAUGAGACCAACAUGGUUAUUAUUGAUGUCAAACUUCUUUCCGGCUUCAUCCUAGACAAGACCUCGUUGAACCCUAUGAAGGCUUCAAAGCGUGUUGAUGAGAAGGAUGGACAUGUGAUCAUCUACGUAGAACAGCUGAAGCAGAAUGAGACCAUGUCCUACACACUCGUCAUGGUGGAAGAUUUUCCUGUCAAGAACCUCCAAUCUGCUGUGGUCAAAGUCUACGACUACUACCAGAAAGGUGACGAGGCGGUUAGUGAGUACAGCUCUAGCUGUGUAACUGAGUGAUGUGUAAAAUGAUGGACAUCUGCAUUCCGUUUCCUGUAUCUGACCAAUAAAAGCUUU